AUGAUCGAAGAUUUAACUAUGAAUAUCUCGUACGAAAAGUACUUUAAUCAAUGUUCACCUCACAUGUGUACUUAUACAAACACUCGACGGCAUGGAAUUGUAUUCAUUACUGAAAGAAUUAUCGAGCUUCUAGUUGGAUUAACUCUCGUGCUGCGAUUGACCGUUCCAAUUAUUGCGCGACUUAUCCGACGCAUCAUAAAUUACAAAUCAAGUGGAGGAGUUCCUCACUUAAGUACCGAUGUUUAUUAUGGAACAGUUCAUAAUCCGGAUGAAAACCAAUUUGAUCGAUUGCAAAAGAAUUACUCAACUAAUUCAUCAUGUCCAUGUUCGGCAACAUCACUGCAAUAUUCAACUUUUCUUAGUAUUGAACCUCGGUAUCAUCAGUUAUGCUCGAGUGAUUUCGUUUCUUUGGUAUAUCACAUCAACGAGUAUUAUCGUUUGGAUUAUCGACUUAGUGAUGCGAGUUCCUUCUAUUUCGUUAAUCUGUUUUGUACAGAGGCAAAGGAAACAGUCGAUCGUGCUCUGACUGUCUUUUUGCAAACUCAGUUAGUCAAUACUCAGGUUCUCGCACGAGAAUUCUCUGAAUCUCAAUCAAACUCAUUAAUUCAAAAUUGGCAAUCAACUACCCGAUAA